AUGAAGGGUUUGGUAGUGUAAAUUUUAAAUAUCGGGUUCACUAUAAAGUUUUGUAGGUGAAUUAAUAUCGACCCUUUUCAAGGGGUUUGUGUGUGAAUUUAAUACAGAGCUUUUACUAUGAAUUUGUUUUACAGUGCCUUGCAAAAGUAUUCAUCCCCUUGGCGUUUUUUCCUAUUUUGUGCAUUACAACCUGUAAUUUAAAUGGAUUUUUAUUUGGAUUUCAUGUAAUGGACUUACACAAAAUAGUCCAAAUUGGUGAAGUGGAAUGAAAAAAAUUACUUGUUUCAAAAAAUUCAAAAAAAUAUAUCACGGAAAAGUGGUGCAAGCAUAUAUAUUCACCCCCUUUGCUAUGAAGCCCCUAAAUAAGAUCUGGUGCAACCAAUUACCUUCAGAAGUCACAUAAUUAGUUAAAUAAAGUCCACCUGUGUGCAAUCUAAGUGUCACAUGAUCUGUCACAUGAUCUCAGUGUAUAUACACCUGUUCUGAAAGGCCCCAGAGUCUGCAACACCACUAAGCAAUUGGCACCACCAACCAAGCGGCACCAUGAAGACCAAGGAGCUCUCCCAACAGGUCAGGGACAAAGUUUGUUGAGAAGUACAGAUCAGGGUUGGGGUUAUAAAAAAAUAUCAGAAACCUUGAACAUCUCACGGAGCACCAUUAAAUCCAUUAUAAAAAAUGGAAAGAAUAUGGCACCACAACAAACCUGCCAAGAGAGGGCCGCCCACCAAAACUCACGGACCAGGCAAGGAGGGCAUUAAUCAGAGAGGCAACAAAGGGACAAAAGAUAACCCUGAAGGAGCUGCAAAGCUCCACAGUGGAGAAUUGAGUAUCUGUCCAUAGGACAACUUUAAGCCGUACACUCCACAGAACUGGAAAGCGAAAGUUUUCAGCCCCCUUGGCAUUUUUCCUAUUUUGUUGCCUUACAACCUUGAAUUAAAACGGGUUUUGGGGGGGGGUUUGUAUCAUUUGAUUUACACAACAUGCCUACCACUUUGAAGAUGCAAAAUAUUUUUUUUUAUCUUUGGUCUCUUUGUUGCCUCUCGGAUUAAUGCCCUCCUUGCCUGGUCUGUGAGUUUUGGUGGGCGGCCCUCUCUUGGCAGGUUUGUUGUGGUGCCAUAUUCUUUCCAUUUUUUAAUAAUGGAUUUAAUGGUGCUCCGUGGGAUGUUCAAAGUUUUGGAUAUUUUUUUAUAACCCAAUCCUGAGCUGUACUUCUCCAGAACUUUGUCCCUGACCUGUUUGGAGAGCUCCUUGGUCUUCAUGGUGCCGCUUGCUUGGUGAUGCCCCUUGCUUAGUGGUGUUGCAGACUCUGGGGUCUUUCAGAACAGGUGUAUAUAUACUGAGAUCAUGUGACAGAUCAUUUGACAUUGCACACAGGUGGACUUUAUUUAACUAAUUAUGUGACUUCUGAAUGUAAUUGGUUUCACCAGAUCUUAUUUAGGGGCUUCAUAGCAAAGGGGGUGAAUACAUAUGCACGCACCACUUUUCUGUGAUUUAUUUUUUAGAAUUCUUUGAAACAAGUUAUAUUUUCAUUUCACUUCACCAAUUUGGACUAUUUUGUGUAUGUCCAUUACAUGAAAUUCAAAUAAAAAUCAAUUUAAAUUACAGGUAAUAAUGCAACAAAAUAGGAAAAACGUCAAGGGGGAUGAAAACUUUUGCAAGGCACUGUAAAGAGAUGAAUAAGAGUGGGACCUUUUCCAAAGUCGUAGACCACAGCUUUGAUGGCGUCGGUUCCAGGUUGUGUGAACCCCCAUAUGUAAACAUCAGGUCUGGUUGAUCCACACUCCAGGAUCACUGCUUUACCCACCACUCCAUCCAGACCUGAGUCCACAUACACCACCUGGCCUGGAUCUAUGAUAUCCACACCUACACACACACACACAGUGAGAGAUUGGAUAUUUUAGACACAGUGCAGUGUAAUAGAUCUGUGUUGUCAGGGUUACAGGGUAGAGUUACAGGAUGGGUUUCAGCUGAACACAGCUGUCUAAAGGAGGUCAAACACAGAUAAUGGAAUAAUUCAGGUAGGCCUCCACUCUAAAGGAAUGGAUUUUAUAGUAUCCAUCUGUUACCAUGGAUACCCCUCAGACAACACAACUACAGAAUGCUCUCUCUCUAUUCACUUCAAUUAGCUUUCAUCUCUAGAUGAGAUGGAGAUCUGUCUGCCAAACAUGUCUCAACCCCAAACCAUAAUAACAGAGAGACAAAUAGGGAGGGAGAGAGAUAUACAUGGAUAGAGAAAGAGAUAGAAAGAUAGAGACAGACAGAUAGUCAGGCAAACAGACAGUUAGGUAGAAAAUCAAAUAGAUAGACAGUUAGGUAGACAGUCAGAUAGACAGUCAGGCAAACAAACAGUUAGGUAGACUGUCAGACAGAUAGACAGUUAGGUAGACAGUCAGAUAGACAGACAGUUAGGUAGACAGUCAGAUAGACAGACAGUUAGGUAGACAGUCAGAUAGACAGACAGUUAGGUAGACAGUCAGAUAGACAGACAGUUAGGUAGACA